UCCACUACUUCACCUUGUUGUCAUUAUGUGUCUAUGUAAGUACAUUGUAAUUGUGGGGACCGUUUAAAAGUAGAACUCAGUUGUGAAAUUAUUUUAGGGCAACAUAUCUUCAUCUGGACCUGAAAGAGAGCAUACACUUCGAGUCAACGCCGUUGGCAAAGGAAUAUAGCGUUAUCUGGAGAUACCCUGAACUAAUGCAUCAUUGGACACGAUGGCAGGAUUGUUUUGGAACCCGACUUUUUCGGCUGAACAAACAACUUAUGAUGUAAAUGAACGGUCGACUGUUACUUUGGUAUGUAAAAGUAAUUCUUGGAGAGGUAAAGUAAGGUGGACUCGCGAUGAAAAAACAUAUUCUCAAGACGACGCCAAUCCAAAUUACCGAAUCAAAUGGAACAAGAAUGAGAUUUCACUCACCAUAAAGUGUGCCGGGGACUCCGAUGCAGGGGAGUAUGUCUGUGAAGUUCAUUUCUCUAAAAGCUUUCAAAAGAGUGCAGCAAUUACACUGAAUGUGUGGAAUAUUCUCCGUUAUCCAGAGGAGAGGCAAACAGCGCAGGUAGGCGGGUCGAUAACACUUCGUUGUGAGGUUGAACACCCAAAUACCGAGUUGUUAAAACACACAUACUGGACGCACAACUCAAAAGAGAUAAACAAGAACGACGUACGAUACGAUGCAACACUGCUGCCCUCUCCCAGUCUGAAAAUACACAAAGUGAACGACGAUGAUGCUGGGAGUUAUGAAUUCAGAGUCAAAGGAUCAGCUUACAUGUACGCAUCUCAUUCAAAUUCAAGAAGAUGUGUUUGUUUAGAAGUUCAUCCAAAAGUCAUUCCCUUAGAGAACAAAUAUGUUGCACACCUGCACAAAAAAAUCACAUUGGAUUGUGAAACGUACGGAGCAGACAGCUGCAUGUGGAAACAUAAUGCCGAUGUAAUAUCUACUGGUAACCGAUAUAAAAUCAACGAUGACAUGUCACUCACGAUAUCACCAGUAAGGCAGUCUGAUGAAGGACGAUAUGUGUGCGAGGUAACAAACAGGGCGGGGAUAAGUGCGACUAGCGAGGAAAUAGAACUUUGUACGAUGCCUUCGGACUACUCAAAGCUGCCUUCAGAAUACUCCCAAUUGUCAGAAACGCAGUUAAAGACAAAUGAAAUGGAAAAAAUAAAUAUCUUGAUGAAGGAAAUUCCUGAUAACAAGACCGCCUGUAUUUAUUUCAUUGGACGUUAUGGUGCUGGCAAAUCAAGCGCUAUUAGCUCAUUUCACAGUGUCAAUCGAGGAAGGAUUACAACAAUUGCUCUCCCAGGAGGAGGAGAUAGUUCAUUUACGAGAGAGGUGUCCUGUACUGAAAUAUUCGGAGGGAAGGUUAAGCUUUACGACUUACCUGGUUAUGAGGGAACCAGACAAUUUGAUGGUAAACAGUUCAGUUGCAUAUCAGAUGACACAACAAAAGCCAAUUCAGAGGGCGAUCCACCGAAGUGUAUUGUCUAUGUCAAGGACUGUUCAAAUCAGCUAACAGAAGAAGAGCUUGAAAUCAUGAAGCAGGUCCAUGACUAUGUCAAACCAAGAGAUAAUCUUCAAAUGGUGACCUUGCUGACCAAGAUAGAUAGGGCAAGUCAAAACGCGAAAACGAUACCAGAAAUGUUGAUCAGCCAGGAAUUAUGCACAGCAGUAGAACAGAUCAGUGGAAACGUUCAAUUACCAGUGAACUGCAUCUUUGCGAUGAAAAACUAUCAUAGAGAAAUGGACAGUGAUCCUGCGAUAGGCUGGCUCAUUCUUUAUACAUUUCGCAGUCUCUUGGAUAGGCUGCUUGAUAUUCAUGAACGCCUCAGGCUAGAGAAAGUUGUUCAUACAUAAACCGCAAACGGGAAAAGCAAUAACAUGCAACUGAGCUGUUAAAACUUUAAAAACUUUAAUCAUAACAAAAAUGAUAUCCUUUUAAUUUAAAUGUGCUUGUUACAUAUUCAGCCAAUUUUUUUUUGAAAAUGCGUUUAUUCAUUUCCUAGAUAUGCAAUUUCAUGUAUUAUGUGAAAUUCGGAAGUGUUGAUUAUUCGUUUCAAUUACAUGU